AUGGAAGUGGUCGAGCCAGUGCGUCCCAUCGACUACUGGGUUUGUAGAGCAACAGACAGAUUCAUCGCCGACGACGAAAGGGUGAAAGCACUUGACUUCAUUAUCGAGAGUAUUCAUAAAGAACCAGCGAGUGCUCUUCUGGCCGUCGACCUGUUUUCUCAUAAGCUUUCAAGUCCAUCUCAAGAAGAAGCUUUGCUCACAACACGGGCGUUGGACUAUUUGGUACGCAAUGGCGGAGAAAAGGUUCAUGAAAGAUGCGGACGUUACAAAUUCUUGAAUGAGCUCGUCAGAUUGAUUGCUCCCAAAUACAACGGGAAAUUGACAAGUGACGCGUUGAAAACAGAGAUAAUCAAGCUGUUGUUCAUCUGGCAAUUGUCGAUAAAACACAUUGAGAAAUACAAGCAAGUCUAUGAAUCCCUGAAGGCUAGUAAGAUAAUAACAGAGGAUCCGCAAGUAAAAGAAACUGAAGUUCCAGUUUUUCAAAUUCCACCUGCACGAACAUCAGUUUUUGACAACGAAGAACAGUCGGUGCUUCUGAAAGCGUUAUUGUCCAGCAACCGACCAGAAGAUCUCCAAACCGCCAAUAAUUUGAUCAAAAGUCUUGUCGAAACGGAAGAGCACAAACUCAUCAAAGUCCAUGAACGUCGAAAGAAUCUUGACCAAGCUAUCCACUUGUGCAAUCAAAUUGUGCACUUGAAACUCGAUAAAGCAGCUGAGACAAUCGGUUUAGGCAGCUACUCUUCUGAUAAUGAGUUUACUCUUCAGAGAUUGACCGACGAGAUUACUCAACUUCAAACAACAAUAUACGGGUACGUCAACGAAUUGGCAGAGAACAAUGAUCCUUGUUUGGAAGAAGUUUUAAAUAUUAACGACCAAAUCAACAAGGCGUUGCCAGAAAGAGACACUCCAAAGGGUGGAAAUCGAGCGCCAGCCUCCGAGAGAGUUCAUUUAGAACCUGAAAACCAAGAGCUGCUUGUUUUCAAUUCGCCAACUACUGAGACGGCACCGAGAAACGGAUUUUGUGACCCGCGUGACUUGGAAGGCAGUUUGCUAAACAACAUGAUUGAGUCGGAGUUUGUCGAGGAACCAAAGAUUAUUCCUGUUCAACAAAUGACACCAGUCUCAAAUCGGAACAGCUCGUCGAGCCCUCGUGCUAGUGGGGACUCUAUUUUCGAGACUGAUUUUCUGGCUGGAAAGAGAUUGCCUGAAACUCCAAAACCCCCCACAUUGAAUGAAUUGAAACCAAAUACUACAACGAUUACUCUGGAAGCGUUGGAAGUUUUUGUUCCACCAAUGUCCCCUGAACCAACUAGUUUGUCUCCAAAAGUUAUUCCAGAAAGAGUUUACCUCAAUCCCAGUUCUAUUAUUAUGAGAAAUCGCCUUCCUGUAGAAAUCUUGGACAGUAAAGGAGUCAGAAUCUUGUUAUAUUACUGUCAAUCGGAUAUGACAGUAAGCAACAUACAUUCUUAUGUAAUCGUUAUCCAAAACCAUAACAACUUCAUCAUGAGGGAUGUUAUUCUGAAUAUGGCUACUAAUGACAAGAAUGUCAUCAUCCGUUUGCAAGACUCGAAAAUUGAACUUCCUGGUUUCAACAUUUUCGGUCAGCAAGUUACCAGUAACCUCCUCCUCUGCAUCCAGCAACUAAAUGAUGUCAAAGACGUUGAACUCGACUUUACUCUUGCAUACAAAAGAACCCAAGAAUCGGCGAUUAGCGGAAGUUUCACAUUGACACUUGUCCCUGAACACGUCUUUAAUCUCAAUUUUUGA